AAUAAGCAGUUUAGCAAGUGAUCUCAGUUUGAGAAGAGGUUCUUAAAAUUUCGCAUUCUAACAAACAGCAUUAAUUGAACUUAAUAAUGAUGUUAAUUAACUUAAUUAAACUAGCCUCGGUGCUAGGAGUUUUAGCUUUGGCUCAAGCUAAUGAAGAACAAAUCUAUCGUAUGUGCGUACCUCAAAAAUACUAUGAUGAUUGCUUAAAUUUGCUUAAGGAUCCUUCGGAGGCUGGUAUUCACAUGGAAUGUGUAGCCGGUAGAGAUCGUAUCGAUUGUUUGGACAUGAUUAAUCAACGUAAAGCUGAUGUCUUAGCUUCAGAACCUGAGGAUAUGUAUGUAGCUUAUCACACCAAAAAUGCCGAUUACCGUGUUAUUUCCGAAAUCAGAACUAAGGACGAUAAGGAUGCCGAUUUCCGUUAUGAAGGCAUUAUUUUGGUUAAGAAAAACUCCAACAUUCAUACACUUAAAGAAUUGAGAGGUGCUAAAUCUUGCCACACUGGUUUUGGACGUAAUGUUGGCUUUAAGAUCCCUGUCACCAAAUUGAAGAAUUCUCAUAUUUUGAAAGUCUCCAUGGAUCCUGAAUUGACUGCUACCGAACGUGAACUUAAGGCAUUAUCGGAAUUCUUUACACAAUCCUGUUUGGUAGGCACUUAUUCACCAUAUCCCGAAACUGAUCGUAUGCUGAAGAAGAAAUACUCUAACUUGUGUGCUCUCUGUGAGAAACCCGAACAAUGUAAUUAUCCCGAUAAAUUCUCCGGCUAUGAUGGUGCUAUUCGUUGUUUGGACAAGGGCAAGGGUGAAGUGGCCUUUACUAAAGUACAAUUCAUUAAGAAAUACUUUGGUAUGAUUCCCGGUACUACUGCUGAAGGUGAUCCCUCUGAAUUCGAAUAUCUCUGUGAAGAUGGCUCCAGACGUCCCAUUACCGGACCAGCUUGCUCAUGGGCUCAACGUCCCUGGACUGGUUAUAUUUCCAAUGUUGAUGCUGUCAGUGGUGAUGAGAAAUUACACAAUUUGCAACAUCGCUUAGAGAAAUUCUUUGAAAAUGGUUUACAUGCUGAAAACAAAGUAGCCGCUUCUCAUUUGCUCAUCAAUGAAAAUGCUGUUUAUCACAGCAAACCCAAGGCUGUAGAUCCCAAAGAAUAUUUGGAAAAGGCCGGUUACAAGGAUGUUAUUGAACGUGAUGGUUCUGCUAUUAGAAAAAUGAAAAUGUGUGCUCAAACUGAUGCUGAAAUGAAGAAAUGUGAUACCAUGAGCCGUGCUGCUUACUCUCGUGACAUACGUCCAGAGAUCGAAUGUGUACAAGAGAAGGAUUGUAUUAUUGCUGUUAUGGAAGGCAAGGCCGAUAUGGUAGCUGUUCAUGCCAGCAACUAUAAAGAAGCCAGAGAAGAUAAACUCAAGCCAAUUGUCUAUGAAAGCUAUGGUCCCAAUAAUGUCUAUGUAGCUGUAUUAGAAACUUCUCUCACCAAGGACAAUAUACAAAAUAUGCCCAUUAACUACAAUGGCCAAGAUCAAAGAGCUGAAAAGGCUGCUGCCUAUCUGAACAAACUUCGUGGCAUUAACACCUGUCAAACUACUCCUUCCUCUGAAAAGAACAUUAUGAUUGUCAAUUCCAAGGAAUUGGAACAACACAAAAACAAACAAUUAUUGUGCAGUAAUUUGGACAAGAAACCCGUUACCGAAUGGGAAACCUGUAAUUUGGAAGCCAAUCUACCAGUAGCCGUUUUCAUUAGAGACUCCAUGACUCCCGUCGAACAGGAAACCAUGAAACAUUUAUUCAUAUCGCUAUCGGAGAAAUUCGGUAAGAGUGGUAAAUUAGCCGAUGUUUUCACUUUAUUCGGUGAAUAUAAGGAAAAUGCUAAAGAUGUUCUAUUCGAUGAUGAUGCCGUUGAAUUCGUUACCGAAUUGAAAAAUCCCAAUACUAAUGAACAGACUUAUAACAGUUUAAAGUGUGAUACAAAUAGCAUUAAAAAGAACUAAAUGUGUAAUACAUAACAUAUUUUGUAAUAAUUUAAAAAUAUAUUUUUUAUGCACAUGUUUUUUUUCUACUAUAAAAUUUAGAGUUUAAUAAUAACUAAAUAAAAAAGAACAUUGUAAAAGAAAACA